UAGCCGCAUUUCUUAGACAUAACAAUCAUAACCAAUCAAUCAAUCACUCAAUCAGUAAACCGUAACUACACCAAGCAGUAUAAAAAUGCCUGUAGGGAACAUUGACCGCCUGCUGAUCGAGCUGCGACCGCGGUUGCAAAGUGCCAAUUUUUUCAUCUGCUUCAGCCGACGCUUCGCGGAGAUCAAAUCGACCAAAAUCGAUCUCGACUCGGACCGAAUCACCAUCAGUACGGAAAACAAUGACGAACGGUACGAAAUAAGACUGGGAGAUUAUUUUAAGCUGCAUACCCAAACGCUGAGCUCGCUUCUUAUCAAGAAUAACUAUAUUUGCUUUCGGAUUAACACCAACGAAAACAAGUUCCACUCGGAAGUGCUGGAAAUCAAUGAGUACAAUGCCUGUACGAACCUAAAGCUGGAAUGUGCCCUGCAAGUAGCGGUGGAUUAUAAAAUAACUUGUAGCAAUUGCGGGAAUCCUCUACGGGAGGAAUCGAUUAGCUUUAAACGCAUACUCGAGUUGCCUUCGGACCACAUGGACAGUAAUGAUUGGUACUGUCAUCUCCAUUCGCACGGUGAAGGGGACACGCAAACUCAUGCACACCCAGCUGGUGAAGAUUGUUCCUCAUCAUCAAAGGCGGCACCUCACCCGAACAAGUUUACCCCGUCAGAGACGGAUCUGUUAUAUGGCCCAUUCUACGCUUUGUUAGAUAGAAAACAUUUGGAGCAGGUUCACCUACGAGCGGAACGAUUCCUGUAUUGCAAACGAUGUCUGCAGUUUUUGGGAACGAUGAAGCGGAGUGGCUGUGCCAAAUUAUGGUACGAAAACUUGCGAUUCCAGCAGCAGAAGGAGGAAGAGCCAAACGAGCCCAAACCUGUACCGCAUGGUUUGUUCCGAGUAGAUCAAUCGUUACCACAAUUCCAAUAUCUAGUCCGCAAAACGGUCAAUGACUUCAACUUCAUCUCGCACUUGGGGCUUCCGCCCAUCUUCAAGCUUAUCUUCGAAAUGCGGCGCCCCGGACGGGAUGGCGAAGUGUUUUUCCUGUUGAUGCAAAUCAUGGACGCCAAUUUGAAUGUGUUCAAAAUACGUAAGAGCGUGGAUGCGGAUUCGUCCGCAUCCGAUGAGCAAGCUGAUGAUCAAGAAGUUAACGAGAAAGUCGAGGACGAGGAUGAUGAGGUAUUUACUCCUAUCAGAAAGACUCAUCGCAAUAUACACUUGGACCGGCACAGGGUGAUGAAGGUGAUGUACAGGUAUGAAAAGUACGAACAGCAGCCCAUAAUCAACUUUUGGCUGCAGGAUUAUAACGUAGUUAAUGUCGAAAUAUCGGAGCAAAUGUUCAAAACAGCCAUCCGAUACUUAGACAGCAAUUCGGACUAUGUGCCCGAGUGUUAUCGGAAUAACUUGGGAUUCAAUUUGAGCUACUUGGAUAUUACAUAAGGUACAUUUUUCGUCUUGAAUAGAAAAUCCUGAUCGUCAAA